UUGUGGCCAAUGCUUUGGGAUGUAAAAAACUGAAGGGGUAGCUAUGGAGAUAGAGAGAGCAUUGCUGGCUGCUUCCUUUGACAGGUGUUGAGUAGGAAAAGUCUCAAACAAGCAUGUAUGCCAAAGGGAAAGGAUCCACUGUCCCUUCUGAUAGCCAGGCGAGGGAAAAAUUAGCUUUAUAUGUGUAUGAGUAUCUACUACAUGUAGGAGCUCAGAAAUCUGCACAGACUUUCCUGUCAGAGAUACGAUGGGAAAAAAAUAUCACAUUAGGAGAACCGCCUGGGUUUUUACACUCCUGGUGGUGUGUAUUUUGGGAUUUGUACUGUGCAGCACCUGACAGGCGAGAGACCUGUGAACACUCCAGUGAAGCUAAGGCGUUCCACGACUAUAGCGCAGCUGCUGCUCCCAGUCCUGUGAUGGGCAACAUGCCUCCGAACGAUGGAAUGCCAGGAGGACCCAUGCCCCCAGGGUUCUUUCAGGGUCCUCCAGGUUCUCAGCCAUCACCUCAUGCACAACCACCUCCGCACAACCCUAACAACCCAAUGAUGGGUCCACACAGUCAGCCAUUUAUGUCACCUCGGUAUCCUGGUGGCCCUCGACCUUCACUACGAAUGCCAAAUCAGCCCCCUGUAGGAGUACCAGGUUCACAGCCUCUGUUGCCAAACUCCAUGGACCCCACACGGCCACAAGGACAUCCAAACAUGGGAGGACCCAUGCAAAGAAUGAAUCCACCACGUGGCAUGGCAGGCAUGGGACCACAGAACUAUGGCAGUGGAAUGAGACCUCCUCCAAAUUCAUUAGGUGGACCUGGAAUGCCUGGAAUGAACAUGGGUCCAGGAGGAAGAGGUCCCUGGCCGAACCCCAAUGCAAAUUCAAUAGCAUAUUCAUCAUCUUCCCCAGGAAACUAUGUGGGUCCUCCUGGUGGUGGGGGCCCACCUGGCACACCUAUAAUGCCCAGUCCUGGAGACUCGACAAACUCCAGUGAGAACAUGUACACAAUGAUGAAUCCAAUAGGACCUGGUGGAAGCAGGCCAAAUUUCCCAAUGGGUCCUGGUCCCGAUGGCCCAAUGGGAGGAAUGGGUGCAAUGGAACCUCAUCAUAUGAAUGGAUCAUUAGGUUCUGGAGAUAUGGAUGUGUUGCCAAAGAAUUCUCCAAAUAACAUGGCAGGGAUGAACAAUCCUCCAGGAACACCUCGUGAUGAUGGAGAGAUGGCCGGGAAUUUCUUAAACCCCUUUCAAAGUGAAAGCUACUCACCCAGCAUGACCAUGAGUGUGUGAUAUCCUCAUAUACACCAGUGCAUUGAGCCUCUCAAGCAGAGAACUGUCAGUGUCCAACAGUGAGGAUUACAAAUUAGUACAUUGUAUAUUUAAAAGCAGGAAAGUUCCCACCCCACAGGCUCCUCUACAGACACUAAAAUCCUUACAGAGCAAAUGGACUGCAUCUCUGCAAUGACUUGACCUAUUGGUGUGGAAGAAGGACAUUUCAGCCACAACCUUUGAAGUUCUUUCUUACUCUUCUGCCAAAUUCCAACUUGCAAGGACAAGAGAUCUCUACGCAACUUUGAAACACAACGUCAUAAAGCUGGGGUCCAACUUUCAGCUAAAUUAUUGGAUUAACCAUCAACUCAUGUAACUGAAAACCCUCCAAGAAUUAUAGCUUGGCUUCAAAGGAGAACGUUGGGAGACUUUAACACUACCGUGAAACAUGGGAUUUUUUUGUGCCAGGAAAAAAAAGUCUUCUGACAUUGAAGAGUUUAAAACCUAUAUCUGUGCAAGUUUCUGAUUUUAUUUAUUAUUGCAUUUCUUUUUAUUUACUGGAUCAUGUGGAGACCCAAACUCCUGUCGUCUUACCUCCAUUGCAGUGUAUAUACUAUUCAGCAGCCCACAGAAAAGUCCCCUUUAACAAAGUGUGUCAUGUAAGAUCACUACAGGCUCUACAGUCAACAUGAAGCCUCCUACUGUCCGCGACAAAACUAAAUGGAAACCCCCAGAUCAUGCUUCAUGUUCCUUCUUUCACCUGGAUAGUAUUUCCUGAGGACAAAAGGAAUAAUCUGUUUUGAUAAUAUUACUCUGUACAACAUGGGCUUUAUAUAAAAAGGAAACAAUAUACAUAAAGGAAUAUAAAGGAAAUGGACAUGUAGGACAUUGUUGUAACCCAUAGUAGCCAAGCAUAUACAGUAUAUAUAUUCUAGUAUAACCUGAAAUGUAAGAGUUUUCUAUAUGCCGUGCAGACUGCAGUUCAGAUCAUUCUGCCCAAACACAUCCUAAUGGCAGGUGUCUGUGGCAACGGGCUGGGGUUCCCUGGGCACGCCCUCCAUGUACACAUCCUUAUUUUAAUCAUUUGUUAUCAUUGAACACAAUCUAAAAAGUCUAAUGGGUUAUUUAUCAACCCAUAGGAACUAGUCUAUAAGACUCGAGAGGUAAGUGAUUGUCUCCAAGGACAUAUGGGGUGGUAUCCUGCUGGGCCCAAUACGGACCAAGCCCUACAGAGGAUCCUCUAGUAUUUUGUUGGGCUAGUCCGACCCUGUGAGUCUAUGUAUCCCUCUGCCCUUUUAUCUGCACACCACUAGAAUCAUUGAUCUCCUUAGUAAUAAAAUGGAAACAGACGGGCUACUUACAAAACAAGUAAUUUAUCUAUAUUAAAUUCAAUUAAAUACUGUUGCAAACAGGUCAAAGAGAGUAGCACAUAGCUGCAAGAUCAGACUACAGGCAGGUUUUUUGUAGUCUGUAACUAUGGAGACACAAAAGUCUGUAUAGGAGCUGUACACAUAAAACGAUAAAUUAAGACUAUUUAAAAAGUAGCUUCAUUUUUUUCUAUGCAUUGGAGCAAUAAAAGGAUUGGGUGUGAAGGUAUGUAUGGACUAUAAAUCCAUAUGACAUAGUACAAAGGCAGCUAAUAAAUCAAAAUACACACACAAACAUGCAACUACUGCAAUAAAUGACAUCCUGCUAUCUAAGUAUAUUCCUCCUUCCUAUUAUUAUUGGGAAAUCCAAUGAAAAUCCACAAAUUGAUAGUAUUACAAUUUGAGCCUAUGAAAAUCUUGAACCACAGCAUUUCUUUGAUAGUAGUUCUUAUAUGAAUAAAUAUAAGAAUGAUAGAAUUCAGUGCUAUCCUUCUUUCUAUGUUUAUCUGAAGCAAUAUUCUUUAAGCCAGUACCCAAUAGUUCAAAUUAUAUAUCUUGAGCAAAGAACGUGUUUGCUAAAGAUAUUGGGACCCCCCUCAAUAUGGAGAAACUUGAAUAUUAAACAGGGAAUAGGAUCUCAAUUGACAUUUAUUGCUGGUGUAUGCAGAUGAACAUGUUUUUCAUUGUUAAUGUUCACAUGGUUUAAAGUCAGUUUAAGAAAAUCUGUUGCAAUGAAGCACUGGAGGAUGUUAUAUGAGGUUCCUGUAAUAGCCAUCUAUGUGUCUUCCAAGUAAGGCCUCAGAAAAGUCUCAUAGGUUUGAUGCUGUUGUUUGAAAACCAAUGUUAUAUAGACAUCUUACCUUUUCUGUGAUGUUUGGAUCAGUAAAAUGAGUAUGAACCUUAACACUGGGAGAUAUUUAGAGCCUGUCUUAAUCUUAUACUUAGAGUACCUGUCACCAAACUAAACUUUUAAUAUAAUGUUCUGUAUGUAAUUAUUAGACACUUUGUUAUUUACUUACUGUUAUUAUUCUCAACCUUUAUAUGUUUUUAAUGUGAUUGAAAAUACUGCCACUAGUUUGGUCUCCUCCCAGCCUGGCAGGAAGUGUGUAAAGGGCAUGGGGAGGCACAGCUCUCACAAGUGACAUCACGCCGGCUGGGGAACGCCCACUUCCUCCUGCCGGGAGCUCACACAAUGUGAGCAAGGGGAAAGGUAUCAUUCAGAGCUUUUUUUGUGGGCAGGAGGGGUGUUAGGAGUAAUUAGGGAAUAUAAUCUGAGUUAGUUUAGAAAACAUGAUUUGAUGACAGGUAAACUUUAAGGAAGUCUCCAAGAAUAAUGGUCACCUAUCUGAAUGUAUAGGGUCAUAUUAAUAUUGUUUGAACUCCGUCUCUAUACACACACAACAUAGCCUGAGUGUGGAGAUACAUGAUCUGGGUUCGUACUGAGGAAAUAGGUCAGUAAUGGAAUAUAGGAAAAGAAAAUGGGGCAAUUUGGCCAAGUACCUCUACCAUCUGAGAUCCUGAUGGGACUGCCACCACAACCCCUUAAAAACCAUUUAUACAGCCGAAUUAUCAAUCUCUGUUUGGUGCCACCCUAGUCUAUACACCGGGAUUGAGUUUAACAGAUAAAACUACACCAAUGUUAUCAUGACAUAAAAUGCAGUUAUUACAGCUAUAUUUAUAUACUGUAAAUAUAAUUUUAUUUUCCAUUCUUUAAAAAAAAAAAUUAUAUGUCCCUACUUUAAAGGAUAUAAAGGAAGGGUAGCACCCAAUAUUGUGCCCAAAGGCCUCACCAACAUUGAUUCAGGCUUACUAAUUCUUGCUGAGAAAUUUAGCAUAGCAAAUGCUUUGGGAUAGGAGUAGCUGAUGCUUAUGUAUUAUUUCCAGCAGAUGGAGCCAAAGUCUACAGUAUUGUAUCAUAACCAUUUAAAUGGCUUCCUUUUGCAAUUGUUUGAGAAUUCACUAGAUUCAUUAUUAGUCCGGAGACCUUUCUGACACGCUAGAUAGCAGAGCAUGCUUGGAGCAGCUGUGUACCCAUCAAAUGCCUAACCUCAUGGUUCUAAGAGGGAACCUCCAUAUAUGCAUGAAUAUAAAUAUACAUAUAUAUAUAUAUAUAUAUAUAUAUAUAUACACUACAUAUCUCAAA